UUCGAAGAGAGAAAAAUUAAGAUGGAGGCUGCAAGAACAAUCUUUGUUUGUGCGUUGAUUGUCUUUGUCGCUGCUGUGACGGCCAACGAUGAUUACCAGAUUGAAGGGCCCAUUGAGUAUGUCAAAGCUGAGAAGGUCACACACCUUCAAUUCUAUCUCCAUGACAUCCUCAGCGGCCCAAACCCAACUGCAGUGAGGGUAGCACAGUCCAACCGCACCACCGACGACAAGUCACCGACGCCAUUUGGCAGCGUUUACGCCAUCGAUGAUCAUCUCCGAGUGGGACCGGAGCCUAAUUCGACGAUUAUAGGGAAUGCACAAGGACUUUACUUGGUAUCAAGUCAAGAUCCUAGUAAGUUUACUAUUGUAAUGUAUGCUGAUUUUGAACUUACUACUGGAAAGUUCAAUGGGAGUUCGAUAAGCGUGUUUUCGAGGAAUCCGGUGUAUAUGAAGCAGCGAGAUCUCGCGAUCGUCGGAGGGAGAGGCCAGUUCAGGAUGGCUAGAGGGUUUGUUUUGGUGCAGACUAGUUAUUUCAAUGGCACUAAUGGUGAUGCCAUCCUUCAAUACACAGCCACUAUACAUCAUUAUUGAUAACCAGUUGUGGCUUUGGGUAUCUCUAAUUUUUAUUUUCCUUUUAUUGAAAAUCUUGUUAUUAGAUGUAUACAGGCUCCGUUUGGUAGAGCUUGUUUGUUGUUAAAAUAAGUUAGGUUAAAACCAAUUGUGGCUUUGAUAUCUCUUUUUUUAUAUUAUUGGAAAGCUUAGAUGUACUUGUAUUCUUAGAACGUUCAUAUCAUCACCACAUACCAAAUAAAAUGAGUCAU